AGUUUACUAAGCAGGAAUGUUAGGGAGAAAGAAUAGUAACAUGAAAACAUGACAUUUUGGUGGAUAUGGGUGAUGAUAGGGUGUGCAUGCAUCUGCUCUAUUGAGAAUGAUCUUCAGCCAUAUCACCAAAUGUUUCAGGUUAUUGGUUCAUAGCAUCCCGAGGACACCAACCAAACAGUCUAUAUCUCCCUCCCGACGUAGCUGGAACUACCUGUAAAAGAUUGCAUGGAAUGAUGUGAGGUUUUUGUUUGACCACUUCAAACUCUUUCCCAACUGAAUCAUAUGUCGGUUAACAUUCCUUAUUGAGGAAGGCGGUAACUCGGAAUGUGCAACACGUGUGCUGGUCAUAUCGAUUGGUUCACCUUCACAGCUUGACCGUUCGACUCUCCCUGCUUACCUAACAGUUCGCUUAACCUAAAUAUCGCUCACCAAAUAAUGGGAUUUAACAUGGGAGAUAGGACGCAGACACUUAUGGUUGAAGACAGGUAGCAUUUUUAUGUCUUCCACUUUCAGUAGCCAUGCGUUACAACGGUAAAGGAGGACGGAGCGAACUGCUGCCGGGCAGUAAACACGUGCUUUGAUCAGUAGCCAAAUAUCAUGUCUACACGAGAGACAACGUAUGUUGGGAAAUCCUACAUGAGCCUUUUGUGUGUGUGGUGAGAUUCCGUCGGUAAUCAUUAGUGCAUUGCGUCUGAUUCAACUUGUCGAAUAAGUGAAGUAUUCACCACGCUCUGCCACUUGUUUGACUGAGUAUCUUUAAGCAAGAAAUAGGAGCAAAUCGCAUGAGGAACAAUCGAAGACUUCCGCUCAAGUUUACAGGAAAGUUUGAAGGAUGCUAGAGAGAAAUUGAAAUCUAUGGAUCACGUGAGUAAAGAAAAUAAGAAACUUUUGGAGGAAAACAGUGGUCUGAAAGCCAAGUUACACGAAUUGUUGUGUCAGCGUGAAGAACUUCUGGCGAGAUGUGAAGCGGAGAAGUUGGCGAAGGAGAAUUCUUUGAUUCGCAACCAAGGGUGUGUUUCUGGAGCGCCUUCUGGUGAAUCAUGUAGGGUGGAAUUUAGCUGUUCUGGGAUGAGUCCACCUUCUUCUCCAGACUCAUUUCAGCCAGGAGUGGAUACGAGAACUGAGGUUCCUGUGUCAAAUGAUUUGGGUUUUGGAGAGGGUUUAGCAUCCUUUGUGACGGUAAAUAAUCAUCUGAAAGGAUUGGGGUUAGCUGUCUUGAAAGCUGAAAGCGAAUAUCAAAGUAUGAAGAAGAAGUUUAUCCUGCAAAAAUUCAUCUCGUUAGUUCUUCGGGCUGUUGUAAGACAUCGAGGCAGUGUAAUCGACAACUCAAAACAUUUAAUUGAGCUUUUGAACAAAGAGAUAAGUCGGCGGAAUUCACAGAUAAAUGGAAGACUUGGGAAAUUAAUUGGACAGGUUUCAAAUGCCGAGGUGAGAUUGAAUGAUACGAAAGAGGCAGUCACAGAGAUGCGGAAGAGGCAGUGUGAAACGAUUAGUGAAUUAUGUGGUGAGAAUAGACGGUUAACCGGUGAACUGGGUAGAAUCCAAGAGACGAAUGAGGUGGUCCUACACAAAUGGGAGAAUGAAGUGGAUUGUCUUAUGGCGGAGAAUCAGAAACUUAGUGCUGAGAUAGAACGAUUGAAAAACACUCUGGCCACUUCUGCUUCAGAAUAUGAAUCUGUUGUCAGUCUUAUGACGGAUAAACAUCGUCGAGAGAAAAACAAACUCUUAUCAGACAUUAAACUUGCGGAAGAUUCAAAGGAGAUGGGUUUGCUAGAGGCAGGUCGACUAAAAGCUCUUUUGGAAGAUACAAAGAAUGAGCUGAGUGAUGAAAAGGAGAAGGCGAUUCAAGCGUCAACUUUAUCACGUGUUUUUAAAAAUGAGGUGGCUGAGUUACGAUGCGAUCUGUCUAAAACACGAGAAAAUUUGUUAGAGGCUGAAGAGAGUUUGAGAAGUAGCAAUGAGUUAGUCGAUCGUUUACAGGCGAUGAAUAAAGAUUUGACAGUUAAACUUUCAGCUGCUGAGAAUUCCUGUUCAAUGAAGGAGAAAGAUAUAUGCAGACUCGUAACUCAAAUCGUUGAACUGGAAUCUAAGAAUAAGCGAAGUAGUGAAAAGAUCGGUGAACUUGAAUGUUUUGUUGAGUCAGCGACAGGUGUGCAAAAGGAUCUAGAACAUCAGUGUGGAGUGUUUCGGAAGCAGAUGAGUGAAAUGGAAGCUGGCUGGUUGUCUACUCGUCAACAGCUGACUGUGACGAGAGAGCAACUGAUGAAAAUGGAGGAAUUGCUGCAUGUGCAUAGAUUGCGUCUUUUACGUUCAGAGCUUGAGAAAAAUGAAUUGUGUACACGUUUAGAAUUGAUUGGGAGGAAAAGUGAAGUUGAAGGCACGGAAUUAUCCGACGUAUAUUCUGCACGCAGAUCAGUCGGAGAGGUGCUUGGACGACAGACAGACUCAGAAACUAUCUCUUCACAAACUGCUCCUUCACCCAAAUUAUCGUGUAUACCAGAAUCCCCGGAGUAUCUGUUGAAUUCAGUCACUCUCCCUCGAACUCACAGCGCUCAUGAGUUAGCCACAGUUCCACUCGAAAUAAGAUCUGGGAGGAAUUCAUCUCUUGCUCAUUCUGCGACUACUUCCUUCUUGUCACGUAACCAUGUCCCAAUGGUUGACAGGAGAACUGACCACAGACAUAAAACCUCCUCGGCGAAACGAUUACAUAUCCGAUUGGAACAUGCUGCGUCUUAUGAUUCAGAAGUGAAGGUUUCUCGCUUUGCAGAAUCCUAUCCAGAAGUCAAGGAUACUUCAAAAGAGACACAGUUUUGA